GGAGCCGCUCGGCGUGCGGAGCUGCUGCGAGAUCGGCACCGGGGCGCGCCGCAAGGAGAUGGUUUCUGGUGCCGAUGGAGCUGCAUCCGACCUCGUUGCGCUGAUGGCCAGCCCUUGCCGAUCUCGCAUGGUGGCAACGCCGCAGCGGUCACGAGUGACGCCCUCGUACGUAAUCCGCACAUCAGGAGCCCCCGUGCAGACGGUCCCCAUGGCACCGCCGGUCGCCACCGUGGUGGCUCGACCCCGCUGGCCUUCGGGCAUUGCCACCACAGGUGUGUGGGCAGCCCCCGCAGAAGCACUACGCCAACACCCGUGCGGCAGCGUGUGAGUUCCGGCUCGCCGUCAAGGCGAUUUACGAACAGCACCGUCGCGCCUCCGUCUUCGAGGAUAUCUUUGACACCGGGGUCGCCUCUGUCUUCGAGGGCGUCCUUACCACCGAGGACCUUCCCCAUCCUCGUCCCUCAUCUGGGUAGUCGAAGGCCAGACUGUCAGACUGGAUUGGGCCCCAAGGGCCAAUCUGGCCUGGC